UAUUCGUUCUGCUUCCGAUGAUUGGUUGAUGCUGUAUUGGUAUGGCUGUAUGCUUCUAACUCUCGAUUAGGUUAGGUUUGCUCAAUAUGGUGAAAAUUAGUUUGAGGAUCAAAGCUAACCUGGAGAACAUCUCCGAGGUGUACACCAGCCACCCCGAAUACACUUUCCUUUUGAAGCUGAAGUGUUUGAACUGUGGCGAGGUCUCCCAAAAGUGGCAGGAUGUCGUCGAAAGCGAAACGCAGCCCACUAAGACCGGCAAAUCGGAAACCCACUACUUUGCCAAGUGCAAACUCUGUAGUCGGGAAAACAGUUUGGACAUAAUCGAAGGAAGCAACGGAAAAUUCACAUUGGAGCAUGCAGGAAAAUUCGUCAAUUUGGUGACUUUCGAUUGCCGCGGCUUGGAACCAGUCGACUUCAAUCCAACCGGCGGUUGGAUUGCUAAAACUGAAGGUGGAACCGUCUUCGAGGACGUCGAUUUGAGUGAAAAAGAAUGGGUGGAAUAUGACGAUAAACUUAAGCUCUCCGUCGGCAUUUACGAAUUAGAACACGACUUCAUCAAAGUCAAGUAAAU